AUGACGGCUGUAGCAACGGUCGCCAUCUUGGUUGUCACUUUUCCAUUUCCUGUUCUGCAAAUGUUGACAGAAGCAAAGGAGAAGAUAAUCUGAAUUAAGCCUGGUCUCAUAUCUUCUGACAGUGGAACUGACAGAUACAUCAACAUGGCCGACUUGGGAACUGACAUGAUUACUAAACGUCCUCGGACUGCGCGGGACCAGUACACAGUCCUGACAGAAACACAGAUCAAAAAUAUAAAACAGAACCCAACAGCAUUUUUCCACACUAACAAAGCAUCGGAUCAACACACCCGAAACUGGGACCCCAACAAGCGGUAUGUGAUUGACAGGACGGCCACCAGCACCAACCAGCAUCUGUACCGGGGGAUGAGCCUGUCCCACCCCGUGUGUUGGAUCGGGGAGAAGUACAACCGCUUCCCCCCUGCAGACCACAACACCGCACGUCUGGGGGCGUCACUACGGUGGGGGCCGGAGAAAACGGGGUCAAGGACGUUUUCACAUUUUGAUGGUGAGAACUCGCAGCGCUUUGUGAAGAUAGAUAUGUACAAGCGUCCCCCAACAAACCAGCCAGGCCAAGUCAUCAUGAGUCACGGGCGACCGGGGGAUGGGUACUACUCACAACGAAACCCAAACAUGACCACAUGGUUUGGAGCCAGUUUUCCGUUGAACCACAACGUCAUUCUUGAGGACAUUCAGCCGAAAACAUACGCGGACUACGAGAUGAUUCGCCAGCACAAACAGGCUCACAUUUCUCGCAGGAUAAACCAGUGGCCGGACUUCUCCGAAUACACAGACAAAUUUGCCCUGUCAACGAAAACAGAACCAAAGAUCACCUCAUUGGAGCAAAGAAAGAGAUAUGUUUUACAAGCAUGAGAGGGUAGUUCAACAUUAACAGAGACCAAAGCUGUCCACUAGCAUUACGGAACCACCGUCUAGAUGUGGCAGAUUGUGUAGGCCCCGAGAUAUUACCCAUACACCAGUGUCUUCAUUCUUGGUAGAGUAGAGUGAAAAUAUGACUGCAAAGGCCUUCUGGGCCCACUUGUACAAAGCGAUCUUAGCGCUACGACUAUCGUAAGCCUAUGUUAAAGUAUGGGAGUUACGAUCAUCUUAGCGCUACGAUCGUUUUGUGCAAGUGGGCCCAGCUGAUCUUGUGUGGCUAGAACAUUUUACUGCCUCAAUGUCUCAAUCUAUUUGUAUGACCGUUUCCGGUAACUGUAGCUGGUUUAGAUUUUGGAGGUCAAAGCUGUUUGUAUUACUAAGCUGUUUAAGGUUCUUAAGGCCUCAUGCUUGACUUCUUGAAUUAUCAGAUUUCCAUCCAAACCCACCUGAUGAUAUUCUGAAGGUUGGGCAUAUUUUUUGAAAUAUUGACGACAGUCAAGACUGAUUUCUAUGACUUGAUAAAGGCCAAUGGCGCCAACAAUGAAAUAUUGUUUGGUGGGAAUUUUUCAGAUCGAAUCUAUCCAAGGAUUGCUUUUUCCUAGUCAGGGCUUGUAUUCAAGAACUGGAACAUUUACUUGUAGGCUUAGUAGAAUAUUUUUUGGACAAGUUUUUGUAUCCUAAAUGUAACUUAAAUCUGUUUGAGUUGAAAUGAUUUAAGACUGUCGAAACAAAUCAGCUUUAACAUAUUUUCUGUCUCAAUGUGAUGAUAUUUUUGAAUAUUUUUAAGCUCCCAGUAUUUAUUGCACCAAAGCCAAAAGUAUGGUAUUGUGAUCAUGUGUCAAAGAGUCUCAGUAUUUUAGAUGUGUUUAAUCAUAAGAUACUAUAUUUGCAAGUAUAUGGCAUGUAAGAGAGGAGACGUCCUUGUACAUACAGCAUGGAAUCAUGUGGAACCAAACCGGUAUCUUAUGGAACCAGCUGCCGGAACUAACAUGGAAUUGUACGGAACCAAAAUGGAAUCAUACAGAACUGACAUGGAAUCUUAUGGAACCAUGACAGAAAUGUAGGGAACCACCAUGUAAAGUAUAUGGAACCAAAAUGGAAUCAUACAGAACUGACAUGGAAUCUUAUGGAACCAUGACAGGAAAUGUAUGGAACCAACAUGGGAUCAUACAGAACUGACAUGGAAUCUUAUGGAACCAGCACAGAAAUGUAUGGAACCAAAAUGGAACCAUGCAGAACUGACAUGGAAUCUUAUGGAACCAGCACAGGAAUGUAUGGAACCAACAUGGGAUCAUUCAGAACUAACACAGAACCAUGGAGCCAAUCUUUUCUCAGUGCACUGGCAAGAUUACCCUGGUUUCGUGAUCCGUAAUGUUGUCGAUUUUGGAUUUACACCGUGUGAAUGCUGCUACAUUUAUUGCAGAACAGAAGAGAUAUGUUCAACAAGUAUAUUAUAGUUGUAUAUAAUGUAUAUUGUACAUAGGUUCAAGGAUCAACUGAAUGGAAAUGAUGUAUAUUUUGUUUAUUUGAAAUAAAUCAUAGAAACAA